AAUAUACAGAAAAACUGAAGUCAUCCAUUAAACAACAAACCGAUUUCCUGUUGUCAGAGGAAGAAGACAAGAAAAUUAGAACCGAUGACAUCUUUACGAGUGUGACUAUCCAACGCGGUCCAAAACACUUCCAGGAACCCAAAGAAAAAAGGUUUGGCAGGAGGCAAUUGGAUGAAGUUCAAGCAAGUAGUAAAAAACUCGUGGACUGUUCAGAAAUGUUUCUUUGUCCAGAAAAUGAUGAUCAGAAAUCCACAGCUUCUUGCACGACCAAUCCUAAAUCUAUCUUGUUGACGGGCAAAGCAGGAAUUGGAAAAUCCCUUUUUUGUCGGAAGCUGGCACGGGAUUGGUCGCAUGGCCGAUUGUUUGAGGAAGGUCAAGAAAAUGCCAAAGUACCUGAUUUUCAGUUUGUGUUCUCGUUGACAUUCCGUCAAUUUGUUCUUCCAGAAGAAAAACUUAAUUUGUGUGAAAUCUUAAAUCGGUCCUCCCUACUGAACGAGCACUCAGUGAUAGACGAGUCAUUACUGCAGUACAUGAUUGAAAAUCCUGAGAAGCUGCUCAUCAUUCUUGAUGGGUAUGAUGAGUAUAAACAACGACAGAAAAUCACCGGGGACUUUGAGACAAGAUACCCAAACGACCCAGAUGAAAAAAUACCUGUUCCU